AUGCACCUCCCACGUGGCUCGGCCGUCGCCGCGACAGUGGUGGCCAUGUUCUUCACCACCGUGCAGCUCGAGCUGACCAGAGAUCCAAAAGUUACCCGCCACUGCGCGGGCCAGGACCCGGAAAUGACCCAGGGCGCGUACACGGAUCCCGCGACGGGCAUCGACUUCACGACGUGGUCGGCGAACCCGGACUCGGAUGGCGACGGCGCCUUCACCUUCGGCCUCGCGCUGCCCGAGGAUGCGGCGACCAGGGACGCGACCGAGUAUAUAGGGCUGCUGAGGUGCCAGAUCAAGUCUCCCGACCACACCGGGUGGUGCGGCAUCGCGCACGGAGGCAGCAUGGUGCAGGACCUUCUGCUGAUGGCGUGGCCGUACAACAACGACUCGGUACUCACCUCCUUCCGCUGGGCGACAGACUACUUCCCUCCAGACCCGUAUGCCGGCGCCGGCGCGGGCUCGACGGUGGUGGACCAGAUCAGCUCGUGGGUCAACGACACGGGCUACGAGCUCAUCUACCGGUGCAGGGGGUGUCUGUCGUGGGAGCAGGACGGGGAGGAAGGGGCGGCGAAUACGACGGCGGGACGGCUGUUCCUCGGACAUGCGCAGUCGUUUGACGCGCCGGGAAAUGCGGGGUGUCCCGCCGAGAUGGUGGUUGGGUUCCAUGAUAAUGGGUAUGGCCAGUGGAUGGCGUCGCUGGAGGGGGUGGCGAGGGAGGAGUAUGAGGAGUGGGCUGCGUUGGCUACGCAGACGGUGGUGGAUGAUUGUGCUGCCGGUGCUGCUACUGCUACUGUGACUGCGGCUGCUGGUUAG